GAAAUAGAGAGAGGGAGACGGAAACCUAGCCAGAGAGAGAGAGAGAGUGAAAGUGAAUCAGCCAACACAGGAAAAGAGGGAGAGGGAGAGCAAGACGAAAGGAGGCGGAGGACAACAAAGGACUAAGGAGCGACAGGUGCACGCCUUUUUCAGGGCAAGGACAAAAGUGGUGGGAAAAAAGAGAGGGAGAGAAAGAGAGAGGGAGAGAAAGAAAAAGAGAGAGUGGAGAGAGGUGCAGAGUUAGUCAGCAAGUGGAAGAGGAGAGGAGUGGAGAGGAGAGAAGAGGAAAGGAAGUGGAGUAGAGCCGCCACUGUUGGGACUACCUCCAACCAAGCGGGACAGGUGGCUGGUGACCAGGUGACAGGGACAGCUGAGGGUGACACGUGCCCCGGGGACAGUCAUGCUUGGGAUUCCGCAGCAAGUGUGGCGACUGGCACUCCUGGUGACGACCCUGGCGGUGCUCUCCAGAGGGGCUCCCCAGGUAGACCUCAUCUGUCAUCCUGUCGUGCGCCAGCCUUGCAUGGAUAUGGACCAACUUCGGAACCUCGCACACGAUGUGGCGCAGAACCUCAGUACUGCACAUGAUCAGAGAAUCCUCAUACAACUGAAACAUUUCAAGAAAAUUACAAGAGUGCCAAAGUUACACAGUUGUGUGAUGACGCGAAUGGCAAACUUCUUCGAGCUGGCUCUGAAGAGAAUUCUGGGCUUGGACAUGGACAGCCACCGUGGUAGCCACAGCGGCCCCAUCGUCGACCUCAUAGGCCUCAUGCAGCACCUGGAGGGAUGCACCCGCAUGAAAGAGGAAAAGUGCAAAGGCUUGUUUGCGAACGCUGACAAGGGGACGUUGCAGGAGAACCCCAGAAAAAAUAUGCAGCCAAGAGACUGGGCCAUACGACAGCUACAGAACCUUACUCAGGCAGAGAAAAAUCUUGGUGAUCCCGCCACCUUUGACAAAGUCCUGGAUGAGCUGAAACUACUCCCCAGUUUUAUCAAAGGCCCUGGCAUCCGCAAAUAUGCAAGGCGGCAGGGAUCCGCAAAUAUGCAAGGCGGCAGGGAUCCGCAAAUAUGAAAGGCAGCAGGGAUGAGUGAAAGCAGUGCUUAAUUUGUCAAGUGGGAGGUCCCGGAGCGCAGAGGAUGGGUGGCUCCCCCCCUGAGGAGGGUCGUUCCCUGAGGUUCCAUCCAAGGUUCCGGAGCUCUUGUCUGAGGUUCCGGAGCUAGCUCCCCCUGCUCCCCCUCAAAUUAAGCACUGAGUGAAAGGGUUGUGGGGCUCUUCCAGAUCUACAGGUAGAACAAGAGCUAGAACUGAAUCAGCUUAUUUAGAACUUGAAUUGAUUGGAUGUCCUCCAGAAUAGAAUGUAUGGGUCUGUUCCAGAAAAAUAAUCAACAAUAGAAUGAAGUGCCAAUGAAUGGACCAGCCAAACAUUUUGGCUUACAACAUGGUCUAGCUAUGCCAACAUUUGCACUGGGGAAAAAACCCUUGAAGUUGUCAUCCUGCCCAGUCAAGUUUGUCAUGUAUACGUGU